AUGUCCCUUGCAGCAAAGCGUGCUUGCAAGGAUUUACUUUACGACGGAAACCCUUACAAAACCGAUCACAACGAGCUGCUCAUUGUUGAAGCCAAGGUGGAUGACAAGACUAUCGGAGGAGUUCGAUUCCUCGUAAGCUUAGCAGUUUUCCACCUAGUUGCUCUCACAGAAUCGUUCAGCCACGUUCAUCUGGCUGUUCUACUUCUUCAGACCAGAAAUCGAGGUACCGUAUCCAACAUCAACGGAUAUGCGCCAACCUCCGCAGCUCCAGAUCAGGGACGUGAAGAAUUUUACCAGCCUCUUGAAGAGACGGCUCAGAAUGAGAGAAACUGCGAAACGUAUGUUGUUAGCGACUUUAAUGCCGUUGUAGGCAUGAACCGCAAUGGAUUGGUGAAUUCGGGCCAGGUGGAGAACAAAAAAGAGCUUUCGAAAACAUCAGCAACCCCUCAACUGUUCGAGCGCAAGUUGAAGAUACCCACUGAGAAGAGGUUGCGGCAGGGGGGGGGGAACACGAUAUCCCCGAAGAUGUUCACGGCUGCAUAG